CGUCUUUCUACAGGGGGGAGAAAAAGAAGCAAAUUUUAAUGGAAAACCAAGAAAGUCUGAUGCCCAUUUUGACUGCGAGUCUCUCUAUCGUCUGAAGGGGCCUUUUCCUGAUGUUAAAUUCAACUCCCUUCCGCAGCUGCUACUUCAUUUUCUUUCUCUCUCUCUCUCUCUCCCCUCUCCUUUUCUCCUCUGUUCUGUUUGUCUGUGCUCACAACUCUUUCUGUCACACCACCACUGAAAUUCUGCUAGGAGCCGCCUCUGGUGCUGGCUGACUUUUCACCUAGAAGUCACGAAACUCUGUAGUCGCUAUUUUCGGAAAAUUUCGAGGAAACACACGCAGAGAGACAGGGAGAGAGAGAAUCUAGUCUCUGAAUGGGGAGGCAUUCUUGCUGUUACAAGCAGAAACUCAGAAAAGGGUUGUGGUCACCUGAAGAGGAUGAGAAGCUUUUGAGGCAUAUCACUCAGUAUGGCCAUGGUUGUUGGAGCUCUGUCCCAAAGCAAGCCGGUCUACAGAGAUGUGGCAAGAGCUGCAGAUUGAGGUGGAUUAAUUACUUGAGGCCUGAUUUGAAGAGAGGGGCAUUCUCCCAAGAGGAAGAGGACCUCAUCAUUGAGUUCCAUGCCGUUCUGGGGAACAAGUGGUCACAGAUUGCAGCCCAAUUGCCAGGCAGAACAGACAAUGAGAUAAAGAACCUGUGGAAUUCUUGCCUGAAGAAGAAGCUCAGGCAGAGAGGCAUUGACCCUGUGACCCACAAGCCUCUCUCUGAGGUUGAAACCAGUGAUGAAAGGGACGCGACUUCAGGGCAGACCCAAGAUAAGGUCUCCCGAGCGUCAGUUGAAUUGCUAAGCCAUCUCAAUCCACAAAUCUCAAGCUCCAGGACAGCAAGAAGCAGUAAAAACAGCAACUUGAUGGCACCCACCGUGAGCAAGGGGACAAUCGCAGAUGGGUUCGUGAGCAAUCACCAAGAGAACUCGAUGAUGAACAUCUGCAGCUCAGACUUUGUUGACAAUUUCUCUCCGCAACAAUUGAACUUCUCAUCAAGUGAUUCCAGAUUUUCUAACCUCUGGUUCACCCAAACGGGCAAAUUACUUGGAAGCACCUUGUUCCCCGACUUCAAUUCCAAUGUAAUGUCUACCCUUUCUCCUCCUUCAACCAACUCUUUUAUCUCUACUGCUACAAUGGGCAUGGACUUCAAGCCGUCUGAUGCCGUUCCUUCAGCGAAUUCAACUUCAAGCGCAAGCACAGGAACUGCAGAUUUGCACCACGGCGGCUCCUACUUCGGGAACAGCUUAGUUUCCUGGGGAUUAUUGGCAGAUUGUGGCUCACCAGACAAGGAGGGAUCGACCUCAAUUCAUCCAUCAGAUAUGCAUCAACCCGGAGACUUCAAGUGGGCUGCCGAAUAUUUCCAGAACCCUCUGUUCAUGGCGGCCGCGCUGCAGAAUCAAGCCCAGCAACACGUCAGUUUGUACAACCAGAUAAAGCCAGAGACCCAGUUUGUUCCAGACAAUUCAAGUUCCUCCAUGUGGGAUCAUCUUCAGGGACACGAAUUCUUGGACAAUUCCUCAGACACAUGCGUCAAGGAUGUCCAGAGAUUAACGGCGCUGUUCGGACACAUUUAGCUAGAGAAUUGUCAUUAGCUGACGGAGCCUCAUUGUUGAAGAGGAGGGGCGGGGAUCAUUUGACGACGGGCUAUUUGAUUGGUAGUGACUUGAAAAUUCGCAGACUGCUUAUUUAUUACGUGUGGAUUCUUACUUUCUUUCUAUUUUUUGCCCUUUUCCUCUUUCAAUGUACAUAGUUUUAAUACUUGAGAUUCGGAGGCCUUGCUCUGUUUCGGCUUCAUUGCUGUUGAAUACAGGACGUGAUGUUGCAUUAUUCCUGGGUUU